UUUUUUUUUUUUUUGUUUUACCCGUGACUUUUCUUAUUAUAACUAACGUAUCGCAAAAGCGUUCAAUAAUACAUUCGAAAUGUUUAGUCAUAUAUACAUUUUCAAUGGCUCCCAUUAUUCUAGGGUAGUCAAAACUACAGUUAUGCGCUGUCAAUAUGCAUUUACGUUUAAAAAAACUAAGGAAUUUAAAAAAGCCUACUAUUGCUUCUAAUAAGGAAACUGCAAUCACUCUUUUUCCAUGCAAUUCCAAUAGACCAUCAACUAAUCGUAAGCCGUGUACCAAACUUGUUUCCAAAUCGAAGAUGACAAACGCUGGUUCUAAAUUAUUAUUAAUAUUUGGAAUUUGAAUCUCUUAAAGGUCCAAGUAAUCCGAUAUUACUUUCGUAGAUACAUCCUUCAUUACCUUCAUUUUUCUUCUUCAAUUCAGUUUUAUGUUUUUAAUAACAAACCACGGCGUAAUUUCGUCGAUGGAAAUGUGGAUUUUUCAUACUUUUUCUGGCUACAGGAAUCAACCCUUUAGCAGUAUUUUGUUUUAUUUUUAUUGGGAGAUAAUUGCAGUUGAGCUGCUACGUCUGCGACAUAUUUUUCGCCUUCAUUUUUUUUUUACUGAUUGCGCAAGCUACUCUAACGCUAGCAGAAGAGGACGCACCAUAUUGCCGUAUUUUCGGCGCCUUACUUACUAUAAUUGAAUGUAUGCUUUCGUUCGGAUUACUCGAUGCCCCAGGUACGAAAUUGUCAGUCUUACUUAAUAAAUAGUUGAAUAUAAUUUAUAACGCUUCAAAAAGUUGCUCGUCUUAAAAACCGUCUCCGAUAACAGAAUGCUUAUAAGUGUCUGGGCUUUUACGGUAAUUGCACCAUGUACCGCAAUUAUUAUGUAUAUUAAAACAAUUAUAAGGUAUAUUUUGUAUUGCUUUGACCAUUGCAAUGCUAUUGCCUUCAUUCUGUGAUAUGCAAUAGUUAAAAUUUUUUUUCAAAUAAUUUAAAGAAUUGCUAGUGAGUUCUUUGAAUUUUUUUUAUAUCUUGUACAGCUCGUUGGCCACUCCUUUACUAGUGUGAUUCUUAUCGGCUUGUUUUACCGCUUCAUGAUUACUAACACUUCUUACUGCAGCAAUCGAACAGCUGUCGUUAUCGCCUAUCAUGACCCCUACUUCUAAGUUACAAGCAUUUAAAAUAAGAUUUUCAUUCGUUAAAAGAACUGCAGCUUUAGGCUCCAUCGCCUUAGCACUUCCUACAAAAUUAAAUCUGCAGUCGUGGCUCUCGAUUGAAUGUCCAACAUCACACAUUUUGCAUUUGCGAUUUAAUACAACAUAUGCUAUUACUUUUUUACUGAAAUAGCCUAUAAGCGCGCCAGUUCCUGACAAGCUGUCAUAGCUUCUACCAGUAUCUCGGGUAAACCACCCCAAAUCGAAAGAACAAGCUAUGCGUACAGACAUACUAACAGAUAUAUUCCCAUUCUGAACAUUCAAUUCACGCGCAUCCGGAAAAAUGAAAUCGGUGUGUAAAUGAGAAGGUCUGAAAAAGGAAAAAAAGGUAAUCAAUGAACUCUCCUAAUUUUUUACAAUUGAUUCUGUAAAUUCAGUAUAAUUGAAGUUUAUUAAAAUAUAUGAUUGAAACAAUUUGAAAAAAAAUCACAUUUCAUAAUUUCAUCAGUACAAAAUAAAUAGAAAAUAAGAAAAAGUCAUAUAUUCAUUAUACAUAUACAUAUUUCAGUAGUUCAUAAAAUGAAAUAUGCAUAAUGGGCAUAUAAAUCUCAAAAUAUGCUAAUUGAUUAAAAAUUUUACAUAAAAUCAUAGUUUAGUCCAAAAAGGGUGUACGCAGUCUUAGAUUUUCUGUUUCGAAUAAAAUAUUACAUGAGAUUAUUCAUCGAUGAAUGAUUUAAUAUGUAGCAUGAAUUGAGUGAAAAUUUUCAUUGAUGAAUGUUUUCAUGCAAAACACAAACUAUUUCAUCGAUGAAUGAUUUCAUGCAAAACACAAAAUAUUUCAUCGAUGAUAAAUUUGUUGAUGUGAUGGAAUUCUAACUCACAGCAAUUUUUUCAUCUGACGUCUAUUCUGUAUUGUGAGCUGUCUCUCUUUUUUCGCUGCAGCCAUACAGCUUUCUUCUGAAUACUGCUCCACAAGUUUACCUACUUCGUUCUCAUACCUUUUGAAGUUUAGUUUUGGAACUUUUUAGACGUCAAAAUCUUAUUCAAGUGGGUAUUACCCAUACCUCCAUUCAAAACACCUGAAAAUAUAAAAACGCAUUAUUAAUUAUUUGAAAUUGAAAUCAUUAUAGUAUUUGUACUCAUAAAAAACCACAUACCUAACACAACUGCUGUUGUUAACAUUAUAAUUAAACCGUCCAUUUGGAGCUUUAUGCUUUUCGUCGGUGCUAAUACCUGUAUUUACAUGGUAUUGUUGACACAUUAUAUAGAAGAUUGAAGCUAGUCCAAACUGUUUCUCCGAUGUUAUAUCCAACAAAUACAAUCUGGCCUUACAUUUGUGACAAAACAAUUUAACAAAUGUCCUGACAUGAAUAAGACGACAGCCCUCGGCAGGAAAGUCUGUAGAAACGUUGGCAGAGUAAACAGCAACAUCGGUGCUAGCUGAGCUUACUGUUUUGUCCAUGCUGAUGCAAUUGUCAUCUGUAUCCAAUUGUGUACUGUCAAAGUGAGAAUCAGGGUGUUCGAUAUUUUCAGAAUUAGAUUCUUUAGAAGACACAGACCCAGUCAAGUUGUUCAUUUUUAGGUUAAAACUUUGAAAGCGCCCACCAACUGACUUAGCUACUCGCUAAGGCUACUUGCUGCACCCGUUUCUUGUAGACUUUUUUCGAUACUUUCUUGUUCUUCGCCAUGCAUGUUUGUGCUUCAUUUUGCAAAUUCAGUGCAAUAUUUGUGGUUAUACACAGACUAAUAAACAGGGAGAACCAUACGACAGCUGUAUAUCUAUAUACAUAUCUUCCUCUCUCUUGCACGAUGCGACGUUGCCAAAUCAAAAUACUGCCGAAGUCAAAUGCGACUUAGCACUCCUUUGACUACGGCCGUAUGGGUAGUACUACCUUAAAAUGUGUCUGGUAGUCUCCGGCUAUAAGUUCACUUCAUCCCGAAAACUACCCCUCCUAAGGGGUUAAGGUAAACCGGAAGUUGACCGGAAGAAUACCAGAUGUCGACCGGCAGUGAACCGGAAGUGAACCGAAAGUGAACUGGAAGUAAUCGGAAAAAAUACAAAAUUACCUAGAAGUGACCGAAAAUAACUGGCAAUAAACCGGAAAUACACCGAAAAUAAACGGGAAGUGGCCAGAAUGAUGUAUAUUUGCUUAAGUACUCCUAAGGAGUAAAUCGGAAAUUAAUCAAGUAAUAAUUGACAAAAAUUCUGAAAAGUUUGAAAAGUAUUAUUCAUAAACUGUAAAUAAUGUUGAAGCCUUUUUUAAACAUAAAUAUAUACAUAUAUACAUAUUUUAGUGUUGAAAUAUCAAAAUAUUUGAAAUUAUGUACAAUUCUAAUUGUAUCCAAUACUAAAAAUCACAUCAAUAUAAAUCAUUUUCAAAAAUGUUCAUUUAAAUAAAUAUUUAACGCAGUAUACAGUUGAACACAUUUCAACAUUAAUGUAACAGUUAAAUUUGAAUAAUUAGUAUAAGCUAUAUGAAAAAACAAAUAUCUUAUCUAUUGAUCUAUUAUACAAUAUUAUAUUGGUUAAUCAAAUUUUUAUUUUAGCUUUUCUUUUGCUAUUUUGAUUUGAUAAAUAUACAAUGUCAUUGUUAUCCACAUCCAUCGGUAUGGUUUUUUCAAAAUGAUGAAUAAAAUUAUUAGUUGUAAUAAUUGUAUCAGUUACUUUUUCUUUGUGUCUUCUAAAAGAGUUAAUUAAUGAUACGAAAACGUAAGCGCAUACUGGCAAAAUCAAAGGGUGACCAAAACUCACUUGUUGACAUUGGUCAAAUGUGUGGAGGCGUAUUUUUUGUUUUUAGAAUAUGGGAGGAAAAAAUUUUACUGACUCACCUAGGAUUGGCUAAAAGCACUGCAAGGGAUGUGUUUUUGAGGAUUCAGGAGGAAAGUUUUCCUCCAAUCAUAUGAUUUUAACAAAAAGUUAAGGAAAGGGAGAGCCGUGCUUUUCUAAAUAAAUACCACGGGUGUUACUGCAGAGCGUCAGUUCAAGAAUAUUCUCCGAUUUUUCUUAACCCAGUGAAAAUUAGUAACAGACAGGAUGGCUCUUCCAAGGCAAAGUGGUCUGCGUAAUAUGCGGGAGCGCAUAAGGACGCUGAUAUCUAACGCACCAACUCUAAUGAUGAUGUUGGACCACGCAGCAUGGGCGCUAGACGCCAUAGACUCAUUGCCACCGAUACCUCCAAUGGCUGCGAUGCAAAAUUUGUAUCCUACAGGCAGUCCUAACCAUCCCGUUUCAAGUGCAAGUCCGAGAAGGGGCUCUCGCUCACGUUCGAGUUCAAGCUCGAAUUCAAGCUCAUCGAGCUCGAGUUCAAACUCGAGUUCAAGUGUAAAGUCGAAGAAACGAGGAUCGAGUAGCACGUUUUGGCCGGAAAAAUCGUUGGUCCGUGCGAGUUUGCCUUAACUAGAGCAAAUGAGCAUCGGCAAGAGCAACAGCAACAGUAACAGUAACAGCAACAGCAACAGUAACGACAGUGGCAGAAAAAGGAAAGCGGAGGAUAAAGCAGAAGGUCAAAUAAAAAAGCCUUGUGAUGAGAUGAAAAAAUCAGAAAAGCCUUUAACACAUUCUAAUACGGAAGUCAAGAAAGACGUUAGAGUUCCUCUUUCGGUUUCCUCGCUGUUCAACGCAGAUGUAAAAGCACCUCUUCAUGAUAAUAAGGAUCAUGCCCAUUCGUCAAAGCGAGGCUUGCUGAGGCUGGAUCGCAGCAAGGGGAAGGAAAAUGCACCUGCUCCACCGAAGGCAGCAGCAACGGCAUCUCGAGGGAAAGUAGCACCGUCAUCAUUGCACAAAACAGAGGCAGGUCCAUCCCAACCCAAAAUCCCGCCACGCAUAAUAGAGGACAUCACGUUCCUCGAUUAGCAAUUUAUAAUAAUAUAAAAAUAAUAUUAGAAUGUAAUUAAUAAAUAAAAGCUUUUUAUUUAACUAAUGCAAUAAAAAAAUAUAUAUAUUA